UUUGCGUCCAAGUACAAUCAAACAAAGAAGAUAAUGCUGCUGAUCCACUGCUACGCGUCACCACCUCACCCCUGUGCUUCCCACCGUCCCACCGUCCAUUACCUUUUCAGGAAAACUCCAGCAUCAUCACCGAUAAUCUCUGCAACUUUUCCUCACCCCUCAUCAUCUUCUUCGUCUUCAACAAGGCGAACAUUAUCAGUGUCUAUAGCAACCACCACCAUUUCUUCAUUAAUCUUGUCAUUCUAUAGUUAUAGUUCUACUCCUUCAAAAUCGGCAAUUAACACCGACUUCUUCGACCUCCCUAACUCCGGUGGUGUCAAGGCCUUGGACCUCCGUACUGGCACCGGUGCCACUCCCGUCGAUGGAGACCAGGUUGGGAUACAUUACUAUGGAAGGCUGGGAGCAAAGCAGGGGUGGCGGUUUGAUUCCACGUAUGAUCAUAAAGAUGGCGCCGGGGAACCAAUUCCUUUUGUCUUCACCCUUGGUUCCGGGAAGGUCAUUUCUGGGAUUGAAGCAGCUGUCAGAUCAAUGAAAGUAGGUGGUACUCGUCGAGUUAUCAUUCCUCCCUCACAAGGAUAUCAGAACACUUCGCAGGAACCUAUUCCUCCUAAUUUCUUUGACAGGCAGAGGCUGUUUACUACCAUUUUCAAUCCAACCCGCCUUGCAAAUGGAGAAGGUUCAACAUUGGGUACCCUAAUAUUUGAUAUUGAGUUGAUCAGCCCAAGGCACUUGUAAACUCAACUUCCAUUUUAUAGCACUUGUAAACUCAACUUCCAUUUUAUAGCACUUGUAAACUCAACA